UUGAGAAGUGACUGCAGUCGACAGAAGUGUGCAAAGGAGCAACGAUGGGCUUUUUCCCGGAGUUUUCCAUCGAGACCUGGACUUUAAUAGUCUUUCUCCUUACUAUAAUCGCAGUAUAUGGAUAUGCUCCAUAUGGCUUUUUCAAGAAAAUAGGCAUCCAUGGACCCAGUCCUAUGCCAUUUAUUGGGACGUUUUUGGAGUACAGAAAGGGCAUCCACAAUUUUGACACAGAAUGCUAUCAGAAAUAUGGAAAGAUGUGGGGGUUGUAUGAUGGCAGGCAGCCUGUACUUGCUAUAAUGGACACCGCUAUGAUCAAAACAGUCUUGGUUAAAGAGUGCUAUUCUGUCUUCAUCAAUCGACGUGAUUUAGGCCUAAAUGGACCCUUACACGAUGCUGUAUCGGUUGUUGAAGAUGAUGAAUGGAAGAGGAUCCGCAGUAUACUCUCUCCAUCAUUCACCAGCGGACGCCUGAAAGAGAUGUACACGAUAAUGUUGCAGCACUCAAGUAAUCUGUUGAAGAGUCUUCACAAGAAAGUAGAGGCGGAUGAAGUGAUGGAUGUUAAAGAUGUAUUUGGACCUUACAGUAUGGAUGUGGUGACCAGCACUGCCUUCAGUGUGGACAUUGAUUCCAUCAACCAUCCCUCUGAUCCCUUUGUAUCAAACAUUAAAAGAAUGGUCAAGUUCAACUUCCUGAAUCCUUUGCUUGUGCUUGUGGUUCUGUUUCCAUUCUUGAAGGGAAUUUUUGAUAAGAUGGAUGUGUCACUCUUCCCUGCUGAAGUGAUGACUUUCUUCUAUAGUUUUCUCGAGACGAUCAAAUCAGACCGGCAAAAGAAUGAACAUAAGACUCGAGUGGAUUUCAUGCAGUUGAUGGUGGACUCUCAGGGUUCAAAAAACAAAGACGAUACAAAAUCCAACAAAGGCCUUAGUGACCAUGAGAUCUUGUCUCAGGCCAUGAUUUUCAUUUUUGCUGGCUAUGAAACCAGUAGCAGCACCCUGGGAUUUGUGGCCUACAACCUGGCAACCCACCCUCACAUCCAAAAGACCCUGCAAAAGGAGAUUGAUGAAACCUUCCCAGAAAAGGAUCGGCCAAGCUAUGAAGCCGUGAUGCAGAUGGAAUACCUGGACAUGGUGAUAAAUGAGACGAUGAGGCUGUAUCCUAUUGCUAAUCGAUUAGAGAGAGUUUCUAAGUCUUCUGUGGACAUUAACGGUGUGACCAUCCCCAAAGGAACUGUCGUCAUGGUACCAAUUUACACUCUCCACCGUGACCCCGCUUUGUGGUCUGAGCCUGAUGCCUUCAAACCUGAAAGGUUUAGCAAGAAGAACAAAGACAACAUAGAUCCGUAUGCCUUCCUACCCUUUGGAGCAGGGCCAAGGAAUUGUAUUGGCAUGAGAUUUGCUCUCUUGAUGAUGAAGUUGGUCAUGGUAGAGAUCCUUCAGAACUUGAGCUUUGUGACGUGCAAGGAGACAGAUAUUCCAAUGGAGCUGGGAAAUGAUGGAUUUACGGCACCCAAGAAUCCCAUCAAACUGAAGCUGGAGCCCAGAGCAACCGUUGACGAUCCUCCUUCAAACUAACUCUGAUUAUCUGUAACGGAUAAAACCAAACCAAGCUACAGCAUAACAGUUCAAUUUCAAACUAAUUAAGGGGCACCAUUUAUUGAAAGAACAUCAUGCAAAACUUGGAUCCAAAAGCUUGGUUCUACUAAACAAACCAGUGGUGAUGUUUUUGUCAUUUUGAUUUACUGAUAUAGUUUAGUUUUUUCUCUAUGUAUUUUUACUGACUACAUGAUUUAAUCUCUUUGAUAUCUUGAAUAUAAAAGAAUAACAAUUUGUGACAUACCCAUAAAAGUUCUAAAGUAUGCCACUUCGCUGGUGCUACAGAAUUACAUUGCAAUGUGUUAUCACUGUGUGCAUAUCCCUCUUAGGGUUUUAAAACCGUAAACGGUUAUUCAUUUUUUUGUUUUGUCUGUGUUUCAAAUGCCCAUUUCCUGGAAGACAUUUUGACACAGCCAGAAAAGCUCAAGUGCAAAGUAAUGAUGCAAUUCCAUUUAGCUGCUUCAGUUUCAUCCUUUAUUUUGUUUCUGUUCUUCUUACAACACAGUGCUGCCUUUGUCUGAAAAAAUGAAAGCACUUGGCAUCCACUGUAACAGCAUUCAGAAUUCAGAUAUUUGACCUGACCAGAAUAAAAUGAUUAUUAUUCAGUCAA